AUGAAUGGGGAGGCAGGGAAAACCCAAAAUUGUAACAUUUUGAAAGCAGAUGAUCAACCUGCAGCGAUACCAUUACUAAAGAUGACGAUCACAGCGGUCUUUGCUUUUUGUGUGAUUCCAGUUUUAGUUCUGAUAUGGAAAAUGGUGAAUUGGGUCUGGAUUAAACCCAAAAAUUUUGAGAAGCAUCUCAAGGAGCAGGGCUUUAAUGGGAACCCUUACAGAUUACUCAUUGGGGACUUGAAAGAAAUCACAGCCUUAAAAAAUGAAGCCUAUUCGAAGCCGAUUGAUUUCUCCGAUGAUAUCAUCCCCAGAAUCAUACCCGAAGCUUUUCACCUAAGCAAAAAAUAUGGAAAGAAUUCGUAUGUAUGGUUCGGGCCACAACCAGGAGUUCAUAUCCAAGACUCUAAUAUGGUACGGGAAGCUUCUCAAGAUGUCAACCUCUUUCAUAAGCCUAAUGUUUCUGAAUUUAGCAGAUUGAUCACUCCUGGACUUGGGAGCUACAAUGGCGAUAAAUGGGCUAAACAUCGUAAACUUAUUAACCCAGCAUUCCGAAUGGAGAAGCUUAAGAACAUGCUACCCUCUUUCCAUGCGAGUGCAAAAGAAAUGUUGCAGAAGUGGGAGGAGAUAGUCUCACCACAAGGGUGGUCUGAGCUAGAUGUUUGGCCGAGCCUUUCAAAUUUAUCUUCUGACGCGAUUUCUCGCACUGCAUUUGGCAGCAACUAUGAGGAAGGUAGGCGGAUAUUUGAACUACAAGAAGAACAAGUUGAGCACUGUUUCAAGGCUAUAUGGUCAUCAUUCAUCCCAGGAUGGAGGUUUUUGCCAACUACAAGAAACAGAAGAAUGAGGCAGAUUGAGAAGGAUGUUAAUGAUUCUAUUAGGCACAUUAUCAAUUUAAGACUGAAUGCAGUGAAGGCCGGGAAGUCCUUUGACGAUGACCUGCUGGGAAUAUUACUUGAUUCUAAUUCCCAAGAAAUCAACAGGCAUUCGAACAAAGACUUUGGUAUGACUAUCCAAGAGGUCAUUCAAGAGUGCAAGCUAUUUUACUUUGCAGGACAAGAGACAACCUCCGUACUACUUGUGUGGACAAUGAUCUUAUUGAGUAGAUACGAAGACUGGCAGACCCGCGCUAGAGAAGAAGUUUUGCAACUCUUCGGCACCAACCAGCCAGAUUUCGAUGGAGUAAAUCGCCUUAAAGUUGUAAAUAUGAUCUUACAUGAAGUUUUAAGGCUUUAUCCUCCAUUGCCAGUCAAUGCAAGAAUUAGUACAGCAGAUGCUAAAUUAGGAGAUAAACAUAUUCCUGGCGGAACUUUGGUGUUAUUUGAAACGUUGUUAAUGCAUUACGACCCUGAAGUAUGGGGUGAAGACGUGAAGGAGUUCAAGCCAGAUCGAUUUUCGGAAGGAGUAUCAAAUGCAACAAAGGGUCAACUUGCUUUCUUUCCAUUUGGAGCUGGACCUCGCAUUUGCAUUGGUCAGAAUUUCUCAAUGUUAGAAGCAAAAUUGGUGCUGGCAAUGAUCCUUCAGCGUUUCUCUUUCGAACUCUCACCAUCCUACGCGCAUGCUCCUCGCUCGAUUUUCACUCUUAAACCACAGUAUGGUGCUCACUUGAUUUUGCGCAAGCUCUAG